UCCUGUCACUCUCCCCAGAGCUGUCACUUGUGUGAGAUCUGUCAUUGAUUCAUUCACUUUAUUACCACCAUUCCUUGCACAGUGGCCACCUGUUGCCAGCUGCAUCAGAGGAUUGGCCAUCUUGUGGCACAAUGAACCUGACCCAGGAACAUCUCCUCUGUCUGGAACUGCUGGCCAAUCAGAAAAUCAAUAUUAUCCUAUGGCAUUAUAAUAUGACUGGACGUCUGAGUGGGAGAUCAAGCAAAGGAAUUGGCAUUUUUCAACUGCUAGGCAUCUUCAUCAGUGUAUUAAUUAUCCUGGAAAACCUAUUUGUGUUAGUGGCUCUUCUGAGGGAUCUGCGUAUGAGGCGCUGGGUUCACUGCUGUUUGGGUAACAUUGCAAUGAGUGACCUUAUGGCUGGUAUCUCCUACCUACUGAACCUCUUCUUGUCGGGUGCAACAACAUUCCGCCUGAGCCCAGCUCUCUGGUUCCUGAGAGAAGGUUUACUCUUUACAACAUUGGCAGCUUCAACGUUUAGUCUUCUUGUAACAGCAGUGGAGCGAUACUGCACUAUGGUGAUACUAGUUUCAGAGAAUAACUCUGUGAAGAGUAUGAGAGUGCAGGGACUUAUUGUACUGUGCUGGGUUCUAGCAGGAGUAGUUGGAUUCCUACCACUGCUUGGAUGGAACUGCCUGUGUGAGAUUGAGAGAUGUUCCAGUCUUCUUCCUCUCUACUCCAGGAAUUAUUUAUUCUUCAGCAUUAUUUUGUUGGGUGUUACCUUGCUUGGCAUCAUUGCUGCCUACUGUACAAUCUACUAUUUGGUGUGUACCAGUGGAAAGCGAGUGGCAGAAACCAACAGUAGCCGGCGUUCAUUUCAUCUUCUGAAGACUGUCCUUAUUAUUUUGAGUGCAUUUGUUAUUUGCUGGAGCCCACUGUUUUUCUUUCUUAUAGUGGACUUUACAUGCUCACCCCCCUCUUGCAAAUCUCCUCUUGGAUUAGAAUGGGUUCUUGCUGUGGCUGUCUUGAACUCAGCCAUAAAUCCACUGAUCUACUCAUUUAGGAGUUCAGAUAUGCGAAGAGCAGUUCUGGAGCUAUUCUGCUGUGCCUGCAUCCGAGCAGGAAUGAAACUGCCUGUGUGCUGCCUGCUUGGCACCGAGAUCACUUCAGGUUCUUCUGAGGGUUCAAAUAAGAACAGAAGCAGUGUGCGUCUUUCACGCACAUCUAUCAGGAGCCCUCUUACUAGUAUUUCAAGUGCACCCAGUCAGUAGAAACAUGUGUUAAUAUGAAAUUGCUAAAGAGCAUAAAACAAAACACAGUUUGAUGAUAAUGUGCAGUGACUGUGAACUGAACUGUUUACAGUCCUGUAAACUAAAUUUUACAGGAGUUGGUCACUCAUCACAACCAGUGGAGUUCUAUCUUUAAAGGAUUAAAAUAAAUAUUUGUUUCACAAGGGUAGUCCACAUAUAUAUUGGUCAGUAACAGUCCACUCACUAGAUACCAAGGGUACAGAAGUCUGGAGCUUGUUUACUGAAUUAGAUGUCAGGCUAGGGAUUUGCACUUGAAGCCAGGGUCGGACUGGGGGGCCUGGGGCCCACCGGGACUAAAUUCCAGGGCCCCCUCGACCCCCCUGCCUCCCUACUGUGAUGCACUGAACACGCUUGCGCGAAGGCGCUGCUCGGCGCGCCUGCGUGUAGGCGCUGCUUCUCACUGAAAGGUGCCGCGUGCAUGCGCAAAUGGCGCUGCGCGGCACAUAGAAAAACCUUUUUUUCUUUGAAGUAUGAUCAAGACGGGGAACUGGCCCGGCGGGGGCCCAUUAGGGGUCGGGGCCCAACGGGUUUUUUACCGGUAUCCCGCUGGGCCAUUCCGACACUGCUUGAAGCUCAUAUCUAGCUAUGCUUUGCCUUCACUUACUCUGUUAUAAUACACUGAAACAAAAUGCCUGCAAGAGUUUGAUCAUUAAGGACACAUGAACAGACAUUUGGUAUGGUGAAUAUUACCUUUAAAAUAAAAACACAUUUCAGGUUGAGAAUUUGGAACUUGCUGUCUGCCAAGCAAAAUUAAGGAGACUCCAUCAGAUACCGCUGUGCAGUUGCAACAUAGAGGCCACAAUGGGCCCAGUGGAAACAAUCAAAGAGGAAGGACAAAAAGGCUCCUGAAAUUCAUGGACUACAAUAUGACAUGGAUGUAUUUUCUUCACAGCUUAAUUUUGCUAAGGGUUUUUUUAAAAAAAAUUAAAUGUAUAUGUUACUAUAUUUUUUGUUGUUAUUUCAGUGAAAUAAAUAACAUUUGCUAUUC